UGUAUGCAGAGUUGUGUGCACAGAGAGAGCAGGCAGAGUCGCAGCUGCGGGCUGAGUGUGGGGAGCAGCGAAUGCAGAGUCGCAGAGUUCAGCAGCAGCUGCAGGAAGAACUGGCCAAGCUGCAGCAGCACUGUACAGAGUCCCUGCUGCAGGCCGAGAGCCAUAAACAGCAGGUCACAGUUUUGGGGUUGCAGACAGAGUUUCAGGACCUAUGGUCUCGUUUCGAGGAGUCUCUGAGUUCCCGUGAAGUUUCGGAGCGCAGCUUAAAUAACCAGAUCAGAGAGCUUUCUUUGCAGAGGCAGGAGGCUCAGCAUGAGGUCACACAACCCAAGAUUUUACAUUCCAGUUGUUCAGUCACAGAACAAAAUCUAUUAUUCAGAACACAUACCAAAAUAAAACCCUAUGGCCCAUGAGAGCAGUGAAAAUUGUUUGUGCCAGUGCCAAACAACCAACGUCAUGUAAGUAAGUAGGUGGGUUAGUUAAUGUUGGUCUGUGAGGCAACAUAAGGCCUUGUUGGAGUCCAACUUGUACUUACCAGGGGCAGUCUUGGGGAGCACAAUUUAGCAGAUACUAAUGUUGAACUUGGCAUUGGUUAAGGUAUACUGAGCAUGCUCCAGGUGCCACCAGUUUGAUUGGCCAGCACACAUGUUUGUGUUGUUUCUAUGUGUUUCCUUGUUUCUGCCUUUCAGGCUCAGUCGACCUUUGGAAUAAACCUCUACACAUACCUCAGGCCACAGAUUUAGUUGUUAGAAACUCUAUCCCCAUGAACCCAGAGUGAUAUGUUACUCAGUGGCUGUGCUUUCUCUGGUCAGACAAUCACAAACCACCAGUGGUGAGAGGGAACGAUAAAAGCCAGCAGGGAAGUGAAAAGCAAAAGCUUUCUGUAUGAUAUAAAAAGGAGAAUUUGCAAUCACAAAUAAGCAGGUGGAGCAUUUGAGGAGGGAACUGAGUGAAGUGGAGGAGAGCAGAGAAUCUGGCUUUUGCAGGCUUGCAGCGGUGUGUAUCAGAACUGGAAGAAGCACAGCACCAGGAGAAAGAGUUGCAGCAACAACGGGAUGCCAAUCUUCAGGAGAUCCAAGUGAAGCAGCGUGAGGAGGUUGCUUGCUUGGAGGGGGCACUGCAGGAGGCCAGAGGCCUGGAACAUCAGCUGGGACAGAGUGAAGCCAUACGGAGAGAUCUUGAGCCCAGGUUGAAUGUUCUCAGUUCUACCCUAAGAUUUACACUUGGAAGCAGACGUGCAAGACAGUUACCCGCACCUGGGAAACGCAGACAGAGUCCCUCACAAUGGAAAACUCGAUCACCUGUGAAAGGUGAAAGCAUGUUAGAUGAACCUGGGGUGAGUGGAUUGCCAGUGUGUUCUCUGUGCCCCUCCCACAGAGAGGAAGGAGAAUUGGAUUUGGACUCAGUUCACAUGUUGCUGCAUAGCUUCCAGCAAAAGCUCAGGAACACACCAAGAGAGUGGGUAUCUGACACCUCUAAAUUGCAAGAAAGGCGACAAAGGCAUCAUAAAAGCAGUCCACCCAGUUAUACUAAAAUUAUGCUAGACUUAUCUUUUAGUGAGCUGUUAACUGCUGUGACUGAAUUACUCUGUUAGAACCGAGUAGAAACAAAUCAGUCUGAUUUUUGAAUAAAUCAUUCAGUUUGUUUUUGUGAGCUGGAUCCAACUUAAAAGGAUGAUUUGUUGAUGAAUUUUGCUCACAUAAACUUUUUUUUGGUCUUCAUUUAUGACAGCUCUGUAUCCAUUCUUUGUCACUGCAUGGAAGAAUAUUUCUUCAGAGUUUCUCCUUUUUUGUUCCACAGAAGACAAGAUCAUACAGGUUUUGAGCAACAUAUAUGAAUUAACUAUUUCUAAGCUUACACAUAUACACUUCCCCUUCCCAUAAAAACUCAAGAUUUGCAGGAUUUGACCUUAGCAAAGUUUUGGUCUUGAGCAUGACCAUUAAUGCCAUGGACAAAACUAUAGUGAGGAACAAACAAAUAGAGGAUCUGAAACAACACACUGUGUAUCAAUAACUAUAAGAACUAAAAUAACAUAAACAACAUUUUCUUUGUCUUUGUCUUUGACUGUAAGAUGAGGCACAGGCACAUAGGCUCAGAAAGCAGGUAGAAAAGCUGCAUUUUAUAGCAUGCAUAAGUUUGCAGAUUGAUAACUGCCUUACUAAGCUGACCAUAUACUAGAAAUUCCCUACAAUAGCAAGACAGAAGACAAGCUUAAACAUCUCAACUUGAUGAUUAAACAUAAUUAAGCAAAUUAUCUUUUGAGGCUUCAUUAAAAAGACUGUCAAUCAUUUUUCUUCAAUGUGAACUCACAAACAACCUUAUUAAGUUCAUUGUGGUUCAGCCACAAUAUGUUUUUUUCAUAAUCUGGUAGUAGUGAGAAGAACAGCCUCCUCAUUAAAACUGUAUGUGGGUGUGUGAUUAUGCAUGUUUGAAAUGAUGCUUGUUCAUACUUGUCUGUGUGUGUAUAUGUGCACAGGAAAGGUUGGAUAAGACACGUGAGGCUCUGAUAAACAGUAGGAAGCAAAAUCAUGGGUUGAGUGAGAGACUACAGAUCCUGCAGAGAAGCUAGGAUGAGUCUGAACUCAGGGUCUCUGAACUGGACAAACAGAAACAAGGCCUGCAGGAGGUUAUGCACACACACAUACUCUUACAGUUUACACAAUGUUUUAAAGAGUUAGUUUGCCUAAAAUAAAAAUUAUUUUGUCAUUUACUUACCCUCAUUUUAUUCCAAACCCUGGCGUUCCUGCCAUUCCUCUUUCUUCUCCUGUCACUGUCUGGGGUCUCUCUGGUCAGCCUGUAGCCACUAUCACCCACACCACCCCUCGUGUAAGUCUUGUUGUCUCAGGCAAUCACCAUGAGUCGGCUGUGCUGUUCCUCCUGGAGUCCCCUCAUGCCAGUCUUGUUCUGGGGCACCCUUGGUUGGUUCAGCACAGUCCUCAUGUGGAUUGGUCCUGCAGUCAGAUUGUGUCUUGGCGUCAGUCAUGCCAUGCAUGUUGCCUUGGUGCUGCCUCUCCUCCUGUGUCUGUGUCUCCUGUGUUGCAGGUUGAGGCUGUUGACCUCACUGGGGUUCCGGGGGAGUACUCCGAUCUGCUGCAGGUUUAGUCUAAGACUAAGUUAGACCUCCGCAACACCUAUCAUUUCAUCCACAUUCAUGUGGGUGAUGAGUAGUAGACAGCCUUCAAUACCGUCACUGGACACUAUGAAUACCUAGUUCUUCCGUUUGGGCUCACUAGUGCUCCUGCUGUCUUCCAGGGCAUGGUCAAUAGCAUGUUGGGAGACAUGAUUAAUCGAUUUAUCUUUGUGUACCUCGAUGAUAUUCUCAUCUUCUCUACAUCCCUUCAGGAAUACACUAUACAACGGCUGCUGGAGAACCAGCUUUAUGUCAAAGCGCCAAGUCAGUCUGGUUCCUGUGCUUUAUAGUCUCAAAUGGGGAAAUUAAGAUGGAUCAGGCCAAGGUCGAAGCUGUUGCCAAGUGGCCAGUCCCCAGCUCCAGGAAGGCUCUGCAGCAUUGAUAAUUUAAAGUCCCGAUUAAUCUCUGCUCCUGUUCUCUCCGUUCCAGAUCCUGAACGGCAAUUCAUUGUUGAGGUGGAUGCGUCUGAGGUUGGGGUGGGCGCAGUCUUGUCCCAGCAUUCCAGUAAGGAUGGGAAGUUAGAAGCCUUAACCCUGAGAACAAAAUUACUACAUUGGCAACCGUGAGCUGCUGGCGGUGAGGUAGGCCCUGGGUGAAUGGUGUCACUGGUUGGAGGGGUCGGUGCUGCCCUUCUUGGUCUUGAUGGAUCACAAGAACUUAGAGUAUGUCAGUUCGGCCAAGAGAUUGAGUCCGUGCUAGGCUCGCUAGGCACUCUUUUGUCGCUUCAACUUCACCCUUUCGUACCGGCCUGGUUCUAAAAACAUUAAACCGAUACCCUAUCCCAUCAGUUCGAGUGAUCGGGAGAGGAGGCCCCUACUGAGACAAUACUCGCUGAGGGGGUGGUGGUAGGGGUCCUCUCCUGGGAUGUCGAGAGGUGUGUAGAGGAGGCCGGACAAGGGGAGGAAGUACGAGUCGAUUGUCCAGCGGGUCGGUUGUCCGUGCUGGCAGCACUACACCCAGAGGUCCUUUAGUGGAGUCAUGAGUCUAGGAUCGCCUGCCAUCCAGGAGUCAGGAGAUCUCUGGUUGCCAUCCCCCAGCGAUUCUGGUGGCCCGCUAUGGGCCAGGAUUUCAGGAGGUUUGUAUUGGCUUGCUGCGUUUGUGCCCAAAACAAGUUCUCUGACCGUCCCCCCAUUGGUUUACUUCAACCCCUGCCCAUUCCUUCUCAUCCCGGGUCACACAUUGCCUUAGAUUUUGUCUCUGGCUUGCCUCCUUCGAGAGGUUCCACUGUUAUUCUCAUGGUGGUGGUUCGCUUCUUUAAAGCGGUUCAUUUUGUUCCCCUACCCAAACUCCCCUCUGCCAAGGAGACCGCCCAACUGGUAAUUGGCCACGUCUUCUGGAUUCAUGGUCUUACGGUGGACAUGAUCUCUGAUAGGGGUCCCCAGUUUGUCUCCCGCUUUUGGCAAGAAAUUUGUCGAUAGACUGGGGCCUCUACAAGUCUGUCAUCAGGUUUUCAUCCCUAGACCAACGGCCAGUGUUACUGAGCCAAUCAGGAUCUCUAGCGAGUCCUCCGUUGCCUGGCAUUCCGCAAUCCUGCCUACAGCCAACAGCUCACUUGGAUUGAGUAUUCCCAUAAUACUCUUACAGUGCCAUCCACAGGUUUGUCACCCUUUGAAUGUUCUAUUGGUUUACCUACCUCCUUUAUUUCCCUCUCAGGAAACCGAUGCUGCAGUGCUGUCUGCUUUAGCCUUUGUCCGGAGAUGUCGUAGUGUCUGGAGGAAGACUAGAAAUGCCCUGGUCAAGGCCUCCAGAUGGACCAAAGCAGUGGAUGAUCACCACCGGAUUCUGGCGCCCCGUUAUGCCUGUGGUCAGAGAAAAGGUCAUGGGGAGGCUGAGGAGACUGGUGCUCUCCAUGUGCAUGCUUCUCAUUUUGCUUCAUGGCGUGGAGCCGGCUGUACCCCUGCAGGAGUUCUACCCAUUUGGCCUGGAUGAUGGUGACUCCCAGACCAUCGAGCAAGAUGAUGGGGGUUCAGGACUGGUAGCGAUCUCUGUGGCUUUCCCUUUCUUUGGAGAACAGCACACUGGACUCUAUGUUAACAACAAUGGCCUGGUGUCUUUCCUGAGGGAGGUGUCCCAGUUCACCCCAGUGGCUUUCCCUAUUGCUGGAGACCGCAGGGUAGUGGCUCCAUUCUGGGCAGAUGUAGACAACCGACGGGCAGGAAAAGUUUUCUAUCGAGAAAGCAAAGAUCCUACCAUCCUGAGAAGAGCCACUGCAGACAUUAAUCAUUACUUCACUGAGUUCCCUAUGUUUGUCACUACAUGGGUGCUGAUUGCUACCUGGCAUCAAGUCACAUUUUUUGGUGGCAGCUCAAUAACUCCGGUCAAUACAUUUCAAGUAGUUCUAAUCACAGAUGGUGAGCUCUCCUUCACCAUCUUCCAGUACCACAAUAUGUCUUGGACAACAGGGAUGCAUGCUACCAGUGGUGGUGACCUAGCAGGCUUGGGAGGCAUAGCUGCACAGGCAGGUUUUAAUGCUGGUGAUGGGAGGCGCUAUUUCAACAUCCCAGGCUCUCGGACAGAUGAUAUUGUUGAAGUUGAAACCACCACAAAUGUGGGCUAUCCUGGUCGUUGGGUCUUUCGCAUUGAUGAUUCUCAGGUGCAAGUGGGCAGCUGCAAUGACUCAGCAUCGGUCUGUGCUAACUUAAGGCCCUGUGAAAAUGGUGGCCGUUGCAUUGAUGACUGCAUCACUGGAAAUCCCUCUUUCACUUGCUCGUGUUUGGCUGGCUUCACUGGACGCAGGUGCCAGAUAGAAGUUGACGAGUGCUCAUCAUACCCCUGCCAGAAUGGAGGCACAUGCGUGGACAAGAUCAACCACUUCAUCUGCCUGUGUCCAGUGGGAUUCAUAGGGACAACAUGUGAAACAGACAUAGACGAGUGCCAAGAGACCCCAUGCCUCAAUGGAGCACAGUGCACACAGGGUUUUGGCAACUUCACCUGCAUAUGCCAAGCAGGUUACACUGGGUUCCUAUGCGAGUCAAAUAUUAAUGAAUGUGCAUCCAUGCCAUGUUUAAAUGGAGCUGUGUGUGAAGACCUGGUGAAUAACUACACCUGCACGUGUACAGCAAACUUCACUGGAAGCCACUGUGAGACAGAGUUACUUUUCAUGGAAAAUUCCUCAAUUACUGAUGCUGCAAAUCAGACAGUGCCCUGCGAUGGAGAGAGUUGUGAAAAUCAUCGAAUCUGCGAGUACAUUGGCUCUGGAAACUACAACUGCACCUGCACCCCAGGUUAUUACGGUGACGAUUGUGAAGAGGAGUGUCCCUGUCAGAAUGGAGGGCUUUGUGUUGAUGUGAAUGGCACCUGUGAAUGUCCAACAGGCUUCACUGGACUCUACUGUCAGCUUGAGGUAACACAAACCCCCUGUAGUAACAACAGACCGUGUCCGGAUGGAGGUCCAUGCUUAGAGUAUGGUGGCACGUACCUCUGCACUUGCCAAACUGGAGCUGACUUUGAUCACAAGGACUUCUACCCAUAUGUACAGCCCCGAUCGGCCUGUGAUUCCUCACCGUGUCAGAAUGGAGGCUAUUGCUAUGAGAGAGAUGGAGGCUACAUUUGUGAGUGCAAGCAUGGCUACAGAGGAAAGCAUUGUGAAAUAGUCAGAUUAAGUAUCUGUGCCUCUAGUCCCUGUCGUAAUGGAGGCUCUUGCAAAGAAGAAGCUGACAGCUACCGAUGUGUCUGUCCCUUCCGUUUCACAGGGAAGCACUGUGAAGUGGGAAAGCCAGAUCCUUGUGCCUCCAGUCCCUGUCUGAAUGGGGGAACAUGUUUCCACUACAUCGGUAAAUACAAAUGUGAGUGCUCCCCAUCCUUCAUAGGAAGACACUGCGAGAGCAACAGAGGAUCCAGUCCGGCAUUGGAGGGUCCAGACUGUGGCCCCCCUGUGAAAAUCAAGCACGCAGAGGUACAGUACUUCUCCACUGCUCCAGGCUCCAUGGCUUCGUAUGUAUGCCACCCAGGCUACACUCCACUUCCAAGGGCCACCCAGAGCAUCUGCAGCAGCCAGGGGUCCUGGAGCCAGCCUCCAGUCUGUGAAGAGAUAAACGAGUGUUUGUCUGAUCCAUGUAUGAAUGGGGGAACUUGUCGUGAUAGGAUAGCCUCCUACCUGUGUGAAUGUGAAGAUGGUUUUAGCGGACAGCGAUGUCAAACAGACAUUGAUGAAUGCCUUUCUGAGCCAUGUAAGCACGGAGGUACGUGUGAGGAUCAGCCUGGCUCUUACUUCUGUCACUGCCAGCAGGGCUAUGCCGGACAGGACUGUGAGAUAGAACAGGAUGGAUGCGAGCCAAACCCUUGCUUGAAUGGAGGUGUAUGCCGAGGCUACAGGAGGAACCAUCUGUGUGUGUGUAAAGAAGGUUAUGUUGGAGACCACUGCCAGACAUUGGAGAACCCGUGUGUCCUGCAGCCGUGUGGAAACCGGGGCGUCUGUAGGAGUGAUAGAAGGGGGAACUACAGCUGCGCCUGCUGGGUGGGCCACACAGGGAGAGACUGUGAGAGAGACCUGUUGCCUCCAUCUGGCCUGCAUGUGUUGCGGGUAGAAGAAACUGAAGUCGAGCUAUGCUGGGAUCAGUCCGAUGCCACUCAGAAUUUAAUCAGCGGCUUUGCUGUUGCCUUUGCUCCUGUUGGUCAUGGACCGAGGAAGACAGAUUUCCUGGAAAAGCAGCAUUCUACCUAUGUACUACAGGGCCUGAACCCCGGACAGCUUUACAACAUCUCCACCUUCUCCGUCAAACGCAACACCAACAGCAAUGACAUAAGCCAGCCAGCUUUCGCUCUCAUCCGCACAAGGCCACGGAAGGUGGAACAGCUGGAGGUAGUGAAUGUGUCGUCCUCUCAGGUUUGGCUGCGGUGGCUGGUGCAUGUUGGCCACCAUGCUGGGGUCAGUCAGGUUCGGGUGUCCCUGGUGCCUGCAGAUGGUAGUGGAACUCGCACAGCUGUGCUCAAUAGCAGCGUCACAGAGUACACCUUUAGCACAUUGCUCCCAGGUCAGAUGUACACAGUAGAUGUAGUCACACAGAGUGGUCAACGCCCUGAAGACUUACCAUCAACUAGCAAAUCUGCUGGGCCACUCCACUUCUGGACCAGGCCGCUUCCACCUCAGAACCUUUCCCUCUCUCACAUCACCCCCACCUCUGCUCGGGUCACGUGGGACCAUCAUCCUCGGAGUCUUCCAGAUGGUUUUGUGGUCAAUAUUACUCGAGGCCUGAGCACCCGUAGCCGCUACCUACCUGAUGGAAGUUUAGGGACUUAUACACUACGAGAUCUCAUUCCAGGCCAACAUUACCGACUUGCCCUCACUGCUUUACGCAAAAUGGGCAAGGACAACAUUCAGAGCAUCCCUCAACACCUUGCCUUCACCACACAACCAGUUCCAAAGGGCCAAAGCAGAGGUGACAGACUUAAGGGAGGACAGGACUACCAGAUAGGACAGACCUUGACACACGUUCAAGACGGAGGCACAGAUGACCACACAGAACUCCUCGAAGAGACCCAAAGAUAUACAGAGCUUAUUGACAGAAGAGGGAGAAUCACAGCUAAAUUUACCAACCUUCCUCAUAAAACCAUCAGACACCACACAAAGCCUGACCCUCCAAUCACAUUAGAAAGGAUGGAAGAAACCACCAAUAAGAUAAGUCUAGCUCUGGAAAUUCCUGAAGAAGUGACAACGGGUAAAUCUGAGUCAUCCCAAGACUGCAGAACUCAGCCCUGCCAGAAUGGAGGAACAUGUGCGCAGAUCAACGAGUCGUUCAGCUGCAACUGUGCCGCUGGUUUCAAGGGCAGACGGUGUGAGCUAUAUUGUCAGCGAGUACCUCACCCAUGUACUCGCCUUUACUCCGAAACAAAGAGUGUGCCUGUAUGGGAGGAUGGUGCCUGCCAUUAUUUGUACAAAAGGACUUAUAAAGUUCAGCAGGAUGUUUGUUUUCGAGAGAUCUGUGAGCCUUUGCUGUCUAAGAAAGUACUGCUCAAGACUCCAAACAGAAGAACUCAAAAACAACAACAAUAAUGGAGGCCAAAUCAAUGACAGCUUUGGGGAGUAAUUGCUUCUCUUAUUCUUAGUUUAAAUGAGGGUGCAUUACCAUUGUUGACCCUUUUUUUGCAUCACUGGUCACCUUUUAUUGGCUACAUUGUCCUAUGGAUGUAUAUUUGUUCAUUUACAACUCCAGAUCUGUAGAUGAGCUUGACCAUAUGAUUUAGGAGUUAUCUGCAUCAAAUAGCAUACCUCAAAUGUAAAUAUUAUGUGAUAUUGACAUCUAGUGGCCAUCAAGUCCCUCAGGGAAUUUUUUUUUGAGUAAUUUUUAAUGUUGAGUUUUCAAAGCCUUCAAGUAUUUUCAUUCAACCAUUCAUUCAAACCUGGUUCUCUCCUACAGCAAGAUCACACAAAUUACUGGAAAGAAAAUGGCAUACCAUUGUUUCUGUUUAUUUAACAGAAAUCUUUCUGCUAGCUACUAUGUAAAUAGUGUUUAUAGUCUGUUUUUGUAGUUGAAUAUU